GACCAUUGCAAAAAGCCAAAAAAGUUACAUAGAAAUUGUUUUAUCAACCGCCAAAAAAUCGAAAAGAAAACAUUGAAAAUUCAAAAUUCACGAUAAUUUUCGAACAAUUUUCGAAUUAUUUGUUCAAUUUUAAGAUAAUUUCACGUUAUAUGAAUUUCAACUGAGCUUCUCGAGAUGAAAAAAUCAUCUUUGGGCCGACGGUCAUCGCUCUUAGGCCAAGGACGCCUAUCAAACGCCGAUAAGAACAGUAUAAGAAACACUGCCGAGAGUAAAAAAUCCUUCAUACCGAAACCGACAAGUUUCGGAUCAAAGAAUGAGCGAUCUUCAUCCGUCGAUCGAGAUGGUUUCGGAUCUUCUGUAAAGAAAGAUCAGCAUCCACCAUCAGGUUUGAGAAGAUCGAGGAGUUUCUUGGAUUUAAAUCGUAAUUCAACUUGUCAAACACCGACACAGUUAUCUAGACGUAAUACAGCCGGAUCAUGCAGAAAAUUCUCCGAAAGUACCGGACGUCCGAGUUCGAUGGGUGCUCCAAAAAGUGCCAGGAAAGAAUCACGUCCAAUUUCUGAAAAAUCUUUUCAACUAGACGCUCAGCAUAAAGUACAAGAGUUCUUUAUGAAUCGAGCUCCUCAUCUACUCGAUAACGGUAAUAUUAAGCCCAUGACAGCUGCCAUGUUCACCAAUUUAGUUCAGUUUCUGAUUCAACGAUAUGAUAAAAAAAUCGUCAUAAAUAAAGCGAAUCUUAUCGAGGAAAUAUUAAACAUUUGUAAACUGUACAAUUACAGAGGCAAAGCUGAAAAAUCUUGGCUAAUGACCGUCAAUGCUCCUCAUUCUUGGCCCUACGUCGUCUCAUUUUUACUCUGGUUAGUCGAAAUAACCUCGUGUUCCGAAGUCUUCGACGUAUUCGAAGCAUUAUACCCUGACAGAGUGGAAGGUGAUCCGGAUGCUGAAAAUGAAGAUAACUUCAAUUUCAAAUUAUUGGUUCCACGUCUUCUCAGAGGGUAUCGAAAUGGAAAUACUGAUGAGGAAAUGCAGCAAUACUUGAUCGAACACAAACAAGCUUUAGGUCUGGACGAUGAAGAGCAUGAACUUUUACAACAGCAAUACAAUGAUUUGCAAAAAGAGCUUUUCGAUAGUGAAGAUGUUCAAGAACAAGAGAAACUGGAGAGUUUAGAAAAUGCUGUUGCAUCUUUACGUGACGAUAUCAAUAAAACGCGAUCUUUCAACUACGAUACGGAAAAUUACGUUGCCACGAUGAAGAGAAAACGCGAAGAAAGAGUAGCUAUGUUCGAUGAUCACGAGCAUCAAAUUCAAGCACUAUUGGAAAAGCAGAAAGAUUUACAAAUCAUGGUCUCGUCUCAAGAAAUGUCUCCGGAACUUCAACGUGAAAUACAAGAAAAAGUAGCCAUCUUGCAUCAAGACUGUCGUCAACUCAAUGAUCAAAUCACCGAUUAUCAAAAUGAAGUUUAUAAGAUAGAUAUCGAUUUGGUUAAAAAUCGAAACGAAUUCAGUAGAGUAAUUCAAGCGUAUAAUAAAGAAAUCACCGUCAAUUCAGUCAGAUUACCAGCUUUGAAAAGUGCUCAAAUCGAAAACACCAAACAAAUCCCCAUCGAUGCCAUGAACGGAGGCAAACCAUUCGAACACAUAGAUGGUAUUCUGAAAGAUCUUCGAGUAAUGUCUAAAAAUCGUAAACGAGAUAAAGAAAUGGAAGUGCAACAGGAUUUGCUCAGCGUUCAAAAGAAAGAAGACGAAUUAACGGUGCUAACCGAAGAAAACGAUGCAUUGAUUAGUCAACACGAACAAUUCACCAAUGAAACUAUAGAAAUUAAAAGAAUAAUGUCGAAGGAUAAAGAACAAACUAAAGCAGCGCUCAAUGAGUAUCAGAAAAUGAUCAAAAUGAAAAAAGAACAAUUCCAAACGACAGAAAGUGGUUUAGCUGAAGAACUUUCUACCGUUGAAAAACAUUAUUUAGAACAAAAAAAGAUCGCAGAUAAACAAGCCGAUGAAGGUCUCAAAUUUCUCGAUGAAAAGAAAAGAGCACUCGAACAAUUCGAACAAGAUUUAGAGAAUGAUACCAGAAAAGUCUUCGAAGAAACGAAGAAAAAAAUAGAAGAAAUAGUACGAGAAAACUGAUCCAUCUACGAUGCAUUCCAAUAUAGAAUGUAACAAAAAAUUGUAUAAUUUCAUUAAUUAAUUUUUUUUAUAGAAACUUUCUUAAAUAACUGUUUAAUUAAACUUUGUACAGAAAUAUAAUUAUUUAUUCUUCUUUCAUUAA